AUGGCUGCGAAGACCGAGGAAGAGAAAGCUCCAAGCUCUUCAGCGAACCUGACGUGUCCACUAUGUCUUGAUAUUUUCGACGAGGCAACCAUCUUGACUUCAUGUGGACACACCUUCUGCCGGAAAUGUCUCAGGAACUAUGACUUGUCCCAUCAUGAUCUUGAUCACAUGAUCUGUCCUCUGUGCAGAGAGGUCACCAAGUUGUCUGCGAACCGUGUCGAUGAUUUCCUUACCAAUCUGACGGUCAACGGACUUGUAGACAAUUACCACGUCAUGUGUGGAGAAGUGAACGCGGUCCUUGAGAUGCGUUCAAAAUGCACUGCUUGUAAGCUUCAGAAAGAUGCCGUCUCAUUCUGCUGUACAUGUAAUAACUACAUUUGUGAUAAGUGUCUGGAUUGUCAUCACCAUCUUAGAGCCUAUGAAGGUCACGAGAUUGUGAACGACCUUGUCCAGCGAUGUGCCACUAAGAAAUCAGAACUGGAGAAGAACAUUCAGAAUGUGGAAGUACAACGCCAUGAAGUUUACACUGCCGUGCAGAAACUAUUGGACAAUGUCAGUCAAGCCUACAGCAUCAAGGCUAAAAAGCUUGAAGAAAAUCAUCGAAUUCUCAUCGAGCAAAUCAAUGCAGUAAAGCGGAGUUUCGAGGACGACCUCAACGUCUUGAAAACCAAGGAUCGACAGAGGAUCAAGAGUAUUUGUAGUUCAUUAACACUGGUAGCUAAUGACAGUCUGGGUCGUCUUGAGACAGACAGUCUGUCUGCUCAUUAUUUGCUCUGUGAGGAGCUGGAUGCCAUGCUGAAGGAGGCUACUGAUCACACUUCUGCGGCACUCAUUACGACGAAAGCACAGGAGAAGAGGUUCAAGCCUGCAAUUGAUACUCGUCUUGACCUCGGGAGCAUCUCAGAAUCAGAUCCGAUGUUGCAAGUCAUUCAGUGUGUAGAUCUACGGGGAUCCAUGUCUGGAAUGACCCAAUACUCUGAUGAUAGUGUGGCUAUCGGAUUUAGUGAUACACAUGGUAUAGAUAUAAUUAAUUCAGCUGGUAAAAAGCACCAGUAUGCAAACAUACCAAGUAGCAUGAAAUGUUAUGAUCUUGUGUUUCAGCAAGACAGGUCAUUAUGUAUAUCGACGGGUAGCACAGAAGCACACGUAUAUUCGCCCAAUGGCUCCAAGAAAUCAACCAUCCAAGUGAAAAGUUAUGGCUAUAAUUAUCUCAAACUUAACAAAAGUCCAUCAGAUGAAAUCCUCAUUGCUAACAGUAAGAAGAAAGUCUAUAUCUUUGACCAGACUGGAUCCCCUCUCAAACACACUGUUCAAACAACACACAACGAGACGAGGCAGAUAUCUGCCACCAGGUGGGGUUUGAUCGUCACGAGUUCAUGUUGUUACACCAAUCCAAGCGUGGUGGCGGUCUAUGACAGGGGUUGGAAUGCUGGUAAGUCUCUACAAGCUCCAAGCGGUGUCCACCUGUAUGCUGCCCUGGAUGAGCAGGACAGGGUGUAUGUAGCGAGUGUUGAUGGUAAGAAUGGUAACGUGGUGAUCAGGCUCUAUGACCUUGAUGGUCUGGACCUGAAGGAGAGAGUUGAGUUCAAUGCACUUACUAUGACGAUUGGUUCUGAUUGGUGUUACUUGGUUUCCCUCUCACCAGAUAUGCUCGCGUUUGCUUGUGACAAGAAGUUGUAUUUUAUCAAAGUAUCACUGUAA